CUUAAGCUAAAUCGUAGCACACAUUUGAGGGCACCGCAAGAUGUCCUUCCUGUCGCCAACGCUGCGCCUGGAGAAUCUGUCGACUCAGCCCAUCAUGAGUCUUGAUCAUGUGCCCGAGGCGCAACGCUACAAUAAACAACAUAUAGUCGCCCAAUGGUGUGCCCCCAUUAAUGGCAAAAUGUAUCGCAUAGAACUGGAGCACGGCACUACGAGUGGGAGACGCAUGAUUUGGGUGAAUGGCCGGGAGGUACUUCGUCGUGACUGGAUGUUCAAGUUGGUCGGGGAGGACACAUUUCUUAUCGAGAGCUCUCGCUGCAUUAUACGCGUCGAUCCGGCGCCCGGUUUCAAGUACGAAUAUUCGCUCUACAUCGAUGGAAAGCCGCAUGCACAGUACACGGAGGAGCUGACUCGACAGUAUCGCCUCUGGCUGAUUACGAGCGAGACGGGGCAGGAGUAUCGAAUCAUGCUCAAGCUGGACACCCUCAGUCUAUAUGUGAACGAUGAGCUGCGUGAGGAGGCGGUAAAUCCCAAAAAACAAUUAACAGGAAAUGGCAUAUUUUGUAAUAACCCCCUUUCGGCUCCUUUUUGGCAGGCCGUUUUCGUGCAGGGCGGCACGGAUACACACUUCGUUCUGGAUCAGAUCCAAUUCGUGCUGCAGGCUCGAUCCAGUGGCAACAAGCAUGAUGGUAUUGUACACACAUUGCUUGCCGAUGGAUCGCUGGUUCCAGAGGCAAAGAUACAGGAAAUUAUGCAAGAACCCGUCUCCAUAUUACAGACAAACUGACCACGCAGACGUAUUAUUUUUAUUGUUGUAUGUAUUCUGUAUUGUAAGCUCGUUUUAAAGAGAGAAUAAAGAGCUGAACGCGAA